AAGACUCACAUUCCACACCAAACCUUUCUACCAUUUCCUAUAAUGGACGGAACAGUAAGCCUCUGGCGGAGAGAGGCCGUCUUCUUGACGGCAAUGCUUGCAGUUGAAACAAGUGUCGUCGGAAUUAGUACACUGUUUAAAGUAGCAACUUCAAAGGGACUCAACAUUUACCCUUACCUCGGCUAUUCUUAUCUUCUUGCUUCUCUUCUCCUUCUUCCUUCUCUUUUUUUCACCAACAGGUCAAGAUCACUUCCUCCACUAAGUCUCUCAAUACUCUGUAAGAUUGGACUUCUUGGAUUUCUAGGAUCAAUGUAUGUGAUUACAGGAUACAUAGGCAUCGAAUACAGCAACCCAACCUUAGGCUCCGCCAUAGGCAAUAUCACUCCUGCUCUUACCUUCAUUCUCGCUGUUAUCUUCAGGAUGGAAAAAGUAUCAUUCAAAGAAAGGAGUAGUGUAGCCAAAGUGAUGGGGACAAUACUGUCAUUAACAGGCGCACUUGUAGUGAUCUUCUACCACGGUCCACAUGUUUUUGUCGCAUCUUCUCUGCCGUAUGUAAACUUCCGUAUUUCUCCAUCGUUGUCAUCUUCAAACUCUGAUUGGCUCAUCGGAGGAGCCCUUUUUACAAUACAAGGCAUCUUCGUUUCUGUUUCCUUCAUUCUACAGGCGCAUAUAAUGAGUGAAUAUCCAGCAGCAUUCACAGUCUCCUUUCUGUACACUCUAUGUGUUUCAUUCGUGACCACGACGAUUGGACUAGUAGUCGAAAAGAACAAUCCAAGCGUUUGGAUCAUUCAUUUCGAUAUUACUUUGAUAACAAUUGUAACUAUGGCAAUAAUAACAUCAGUAUACUAUGUGAUUCAUUCAUGGACAGUGCGACACAAAGGACCAGUAUACUUAGCAAUAUUUAAGCCUUUGUCUAUUUUAAUAGCAGUGGUUAUGGGCUUCAUCUUUCUCAACGAUUCUCUCUAUCUUGGAUGUUUGAUUGGAGGGAUUUUGAUAACGUUAGGUUUUUACGCUGUGAUGUGGGGCAAAGCAAACGAAGAAAAGAACCAGUUGUUUUCAUUUUCAGAGAAAACCCCUCUUCUAUUGAACCGCAAGAACGACCAAGUUUAGAAAUAAAAUAAAAAAUAGACUACUAUUAGUUAACAAAUACCAUAUUUAUAAAAUGGUUUUAAGUCUCUAUGAACCUAGUAGUUGGAAAAACAGAUACUAUGUAUCUUUUAGAUUAUUAUUUUUCCUUGUAUUCCAACAUUCA